CAUAUAUAGGAGAAAGCUGGCUAUACAGCCUGCAUAGAAAAUUCAGUCAAAAGUAACUCAACGAGCAAAACGCAAGACCAACUUCCAUGACCGAACUUAUCACGGAAGAUCGACCCCGGAUCAAGUUUACAACACGCUUUGUAGGAAAACUUGUGUGCCUUACUGAUGCACACACGGAGCUGCAUAGCCUGUCUCGCUUGAUGAGCCGCAUGGAGGCGCUGGGCGCAGCGCCCAUCCUAAACGACGGACAGGUUGCUGGAAACUGCGCCAUAAACCCUCAAAUUUUACACCGCCACGGCGCGACAGAGAUGUCAAGUGCUUCGGCGCAGUCAGGCGAUUCGCCGACCCAAGGGCCUCCGGGUCUUGCGCUGGUCAGCAUGUCCGGGAAACCUCCAGGACACGCUUUGGAUCCGAACAAGGAUUUUGUCUUGGUUACGGCCUUUGACCGGAUCUCUUGGGCUGCUGAGUACCGCUCCCGCGAGCCAUCCAUUCGACCAUCCAGCGAUACGCCGCUGCUGACAGCGGCCCUGGCGCGUGGGGUAGAUUACGGCUGGCAGGAUACACCGUUAGUGGUGCUGCAUGGGCACGCGCUGGCAGAAGGGGAAGGUUUGUCGUACGCCGCUGAGCUAGGUCUCCCUGUCAGCUCCCACGAGACGCUGUUCUCCACUCCGGAGGACCUUUCCGAGCUGGAGGCGCUCUUCCGACUGCACCCAUACCCACAGAACCGCUGCUACAUUAGGCGCGGACAUGGGUUUUUCCUGCUGUCCAAGACGGUGGCGGAGGCGGAGGAGUGGUUUGCUAAGUGGGUUCAGCCGUGGCUGCUGGCGAGGCAAACACCCGCGCCUGCACCCGCGCCCUGUCAGGCGAAUGAAGCCGCAGGGGGCACGUAG